AUGGGUCAGUACGGCAGUUGCAUACAAGGACAGCCGGAUUGGCUGGGACCUUAUGAGAAAGCAUCAGCUAAAAACCAAGACUCUGAUACUUAUGAGCAAAUCAGGAAACUUGCUGUUGCAGCUUCCACUUCAAAGGAUUUUAGUGAGCUAGAAAACUUUUUGAAAAUUAAGAUCAACCCAACUUGUCCUCAGCAUGGUUCUAAAUCAGAUGUUUCUCCAAGAAAUUUCACUCUGCCUGCCGCCAGCAAACUGGAAGAUAUUUUUAAGAAAGAAAGUCACUGCAAAGACAUAAAUUUCAACCAAACCCAAAAGGAAACAAAAAUGCCAAUUGUCAAGCCCAUCAUUGUUCCCAAGAGUUCGUGUGCAGUUCAUGGACACAAAGUACCCCAUCAGGCUCCAAAGCCAUGCAAAGUUCACGGCUACCAAAAACAAGAAGUCCGUAAGGUUGAAGUGAAAACUACAUUGCAGGAGCCCAAACUCUCAUCUCCUCCGGCUUACAGAUAUCCUCCAGUCAUCAGCUCAACACCACCUCAAGCAACAACAAACUCACCAAGUUUCAACACUUAUGAAGAUUUGGAUCUUAUUCAGGAAUGUGAAAACUCCUUUGAAAGAACCUUUUCCUGUCCUGAUUUUCUAUUGGACCUUAUACUACCCACAAAAGAAUCUGAAGUAGUGGAUGUACUAGCAUCAGUUGGAGUUCAAUCUGCAAAAGAAACUGUUCAGAGGCUAGAAGAUCGAGCUGAGAGUAUCGUGGAAACCUUUAGCGUUGUGCUAAAACAUUUGGAGCAUGGAGACUGGUCAACAUUCUGCAUCAGUACUAGUCGCCUUUGUGAUGAUAUCAGACGUGUUAUGAGAGAUUACCACUUGAGCUCUGAAGUUGUUGACCCCGAAGCAAUUAAGAUUAAGAAUCAUGUAUCUGGAGCUUUGAACCAGUUGACAACAAGAAUUUUAAGCUUGAGUCAGAACUCUACAUCAGAAAUCAAUCAAAAUGUUUUGCUGCCCUCAUUCAAAGUUCUUGGCGAAGUUUUGCAUGAAAUGAUGGAAUUUCUCAUCAGCAAAGAAUUGAAGGUUUUAAUUGACUGCAUUGACAAUGGAGCCAACAACAUUUGUACUCAAAUGGCUAUUUGCGCUGUGGCUGAGAUGUCCCUAUCUGGAGGAUUGAUGUGCAACCUUAUUGUGCAAACUGGUGCCAUUCUUCCUCUCUUAAAUGUAUGCAAGGCUCGUAAAUAUCACUAUUUACAUCCACUUGUACUACGUACUUUGACUGCCAUAACUUCUUCAAAAAAAGCUUUAGAAGAACUUGAAAAACUUUCUGCUUUUGAAGCCAUUAUGCUCAUUCUGAAAGAGGAAAGUGAUGAAAAAAUCUUGAGUGAAGCAGUAGGCUUUUUGGCACAAAUGUUAAAGCAAUGGACUGAAAAUGGAUCUUCGUUAUCAGAGAAGCUUGGACAGAACAUGGAACAACUGACCAAAUAUCUAAGUGGAAUAGCACAGAAAGCAUUAUCUCCGGAGAUGUUCUUGCUGUCGGCUGCUUGUUUAGCUACUCUUUCACCAUGCAGCAGAGAGGCAUCAAAGUGGUUAAACCAACAUGCUGAAGAAAUGAGGCUGCUGGCCCACAAUACAAAGCAAGAAAGUUAUGUUUAAUAUCACAAAGACUUUCAAUGUGAACUAGUCAAAACGGAUGUCUUUCAUGUACAGCAAUC